AUGUUGCCGAAAAAAAUUUGCGAAGAUGUCAAGAUUUUCAAUAGAAAACAUCAUUUUCCACAGAUUUUGGCGAUAUUAAUUGCCGCAUUAUGUUCCCUUUCCGAUGGAAUCCUCAUGUCGUGGACAUCUCCCUUCAUCUUGAAAAUCUCCGAAGACAAAACCAAUUACGACAUCACAGAAAACCAAGCAUCAAUGUUAACCACCAUCUCCCCAGUCUGCCUGAUGAUCACCUCCUUGCUCUUCUCAAACUCCUGCGACUUUUUCGGGAGAAAGAAGAUCCUGAUGUCCAUAGCCCUGCCGCAACUGCUAGCCCUGGCCUUAACAGCUGCGUCCAACAGCAUUUGGACCUUGUGCCUCUCCAGAGUUUGCGCUGGAAUAGCAGAGGGAUUCGUAUUGACAGUGUUGCCGAUGUACAUCGCUGAAAUUUCAGAGCCUGAGGUACGAGGCACUUGGGGCAACGUGGCCACCAUCUUCGUGCUGCUAGGCUCCCUGCUGAUCAACCUAGCUGGCUCCUACUGCAGCGUCAAAACAGCUGCGUAUAUCUUCAUGCCUGUGCCUGUGAUAUUUUUCGCCUUGAUGUUUCUAUUACCGGACUCGCCCUAUUUCUACAUCAAAGUGUCAGAGCAGAAGAAGGCUAGAGAGUCUCUGUGUUGGUUGAGAGGCGUUGAAGAAGUGGAUCACAUUCUGCAGCAAAUGAAGAAUGAGUUGGAUCAACAGGUGGCAGAAGCUGGCAGUUGGUGCGACCUGUUGCGACUGCCGAACAAUAGGAGAGCUUUGACAGCCGGGCUUUUCUUGAGGUUUUCCCAACAAUUCGGAGGGUCUGCCACCAUUGUUGUCUACGUGAAGUAUAUUUUCGAGAAGUUUGAAAUAGAUUUGGGAGCUGAAGUGCCUACAUUGAUCUUCUCUUGUCUAUCGAUAGUGUUAGUAACGGUUUCUGCUAGCGUUGUAGAAAGAGUAGGGAGACGGAAAACCUACAUGUUUUCUCUUUUAACUUCCGGACUGGUUUUGUUAAUGAUCGCGGCAUACUUGAUUGUGAAAGAAACUAUUGUCAGUGUGGAUCUGAGCUCGUUGGAAUGGUUUCCAGCAGCUUUAUUGAUAUUGUACCUGAUUUGUACUUCGUUCGGUAUCUCGAAUGUACCGACUUUAAUGACAGGUGAAAUAUUCUCCUCUAGUAUUAAAGCUAAAGGAAUCAGUGUGCUGGCAUUGUCUUAUGGAUUUUCAGUGUUUCUCACCUCCAUUAUAUUUCACUUCUUGAAUUCUGAAGUGGGACUGUUUUGUCCCUUUUUGUUCUUCGCUAUCGUGAAUUUGGUUUCGUUCUUUUUAUCGUCCCAAAUUGUGCCUGAAACGAAGGGUAAGACGUUGGAACAAAUCCAAGAUGAUUUGAGGUCGUGA